CUCGCGGUAGCUCCGUGCUUCCACCGGCGGCGACAUUCAGAGAGGAGAUGGCGGCUAGAGGGGGGUUUCAGACGGCACCGACGGGUGGUGGUGGCGGAGCAAUGGGACCUGGACCGCCGGUACCGGGCGCAGGACCGGGCAUGGGUCCCGGAACUCCCUCUGGAAGAAUGGGACCGUCGUCGGCCGCGCAGAACCACAUGUACCGCUCUCCGAUGCCCGGGCCUGGGUACCCGAGACCGGGCAUGCCUCCAUCCAGCCGUAUGACCCCACAGGGACCGGCCAUGGGCCCCCCAGGAUACGGCAGCAGCCCUGUGUCUCGUCCCGGGAUGCCUGGUGUGAUGGACCCGUCUCGUAAAAGGCCGGCCCCCCAACAGAUUCAGCAGGUUCAGCAGCAGCAGAACCGCAACCAGCACACAAAGAAGAAGAAGAUGGCUGAUAAAAUUCUACCUCAGAGGAUCAGGGAACUGGUUCCAGAGUCUCAGGCUUACAUGGAUCUGCUGGCUUUUGAGAGGAAGCUGGAUCAGACCAUCAUGCGUAAAAGGCUGGACAUUCAGGAGGCCCUGAAGAGGCCCAUUAAGCAAAAGAGAAAGCUUCGUAUCUUCAUAUCCAACACCUUCAACCCUGCAAAGCCAGAUGCUGAGGAUGGAGAAGGCACUGUUGCAUCAUGGGAGCUUCGUGUUGAGGGGCGUCUGCUGGAAGAUACGGCUGUGUCCAAGUAUGAAGCCACCAAACAGAAGAGGAAGUUCUCUUCUUUCUUCAAGUCCCUGGUGAUUGAGUUAGACAAGGACCUGUAUGGUCCAGAUAAUCACCUGGUGGAAUGGCACAGGACUGCCACCACCCAGGAGACUGAUGGUUUCCAGGUGAAGAGGCCAGGUGAUGUGGGUGUCCGCUGCACUGUCCUGCUCAUGCUCGACUACCAGCCCCCUCAGUUCAAGCUGGACCCCCGUCUGGCUCGUAUGCUGGGUAUCCACACCCAGACCAGACCUGUCAUCAUCCAGGCCCUGUGGCAGUACGUCAAGACCCACAAACUCCAAGACCCCCAUGAGCGCGAGUUCAUCAACUGUGACAAGUACCUGCAGCAGAUUUUUGAGACGCAGCGAAUGAAGUUCUCUGAGAUCCCACAGCGUCUGCACGCUCUCCUGAUGCCUCCGGAGCCCAUCAUCAUCAACCAUGUGAUCAGUGUGGACCCUAAUGACCAGAAGAAGACUGCGUGUUAUGACAUUGAUGUUGAAGUGGACGACACACUGAAGACCCAGAUGAACUCGUUCUUGCUCUCCACAGCCAGUCAGCAGGAGAUAGCAGGACUGGACAACAAGAUCCAUGAGACCAUUGAGACCAUUAACCAGCUGAAGACCCAGAGAGAGUUCAUGUUGAGUUUUGCCAGAGAUCCUCAGGGUUUUAUCAACGACUGGCUGCAGUCCCAGUGCAGAGACCUCAAGACCAUGACUGAUGUGGUAGGAAACCCAGAGGAAGAGCGGCGGGCUGAGUUUUACUACCAGCCCUGGGCUCAGGAAGCUGUCUGUCGAUACUUCUACUCCAAGGUCCAGCAGAGACGACAAGAGCUGGAGCAGGCGCUUGGCAUCAGGAACACCUAAAGACUUCAGUCCACAGGCUGCAGAUGAGAUGAUGACUAACGAGUGUGUGUGUGUGUGUGUGUGUGUGUGUGUGUGUGUGUGUGUGUGUGUGUGUGUGUGUGUGUGUGUGUGUGGACGAACAAACUGACUUCAGACAAACUUAGACUCAUAGAAACUAGAUGGUUUUACUGUUCUGUAGGAUGUUUUUUUUACUUGUCCCUGCAGCUCAACUGCUCACUGCAAUGUAGCUGCUGUUUCCAUGUUUCUGUAUGUUUUAGUUUUUCCCUCUGACCACAGCUCCUCAAGCACAGUGUGUUUCCUCUGCAUGUCUCCUCCUUACCAGAAGCAUUCCUUUUGAUUUUGAGACAUUGUGCCCACACAAAGAACAGACUGUACACCAGUGAGAAGCAGAGGGCAGAUUGUACCUGACAACUUAAAUGUACUUUGUCCCUGAACUAAAAAUAUCUUGAAUGUGUUGACUCUGUCACAGCUCUUUUUCCCUCUUUUUGGAAAGUAAAUUUACAUUUCACACUCCUAACCUGGCCCUCAGAUGCUGGCCCGUUCAGUUCGAUAUUGAUUGUGAUUGUGUUUGUAAUCAAUCAGGAGUUUAGUUCUGGCAGUUUGUGCCUCGGUCCGUUGUCAGUCACAGCAGGAUAUAAACUGCUGUGGUUAUUACUCAUUAGAGUGCCAUUUAGUCUGAAAUUUUUUCUUUUGUUAUUAUCAAUGAUCUUUGUUUUUAAAAUAUGUAUUAUAUCAGUACUUGUCUUGUUAGCUAGUACAGAUUAUCAAGGAAGUAGCUAGUCUGAGUACCUCUAGUCGAUAUAGUUUUGUAAAUACUGAGCAGAAAAAACUGAACAUGGAUGUGAAGUAAAGUUGUAUCUCUUCUCAGAUCUUUUUCUGAACUCUUUGUCUACGCUCAGAUAGUUGAAGCAGUACUUCUAUGAAUCGGCCCUCGCUCUCAGAGCUCUACGCUCUGCAGGGCAGAAAGCUCAGCAUUCAUGUCGCCUGCUUCAGUUUGUGUGUGUGUUCAUUCAUGUGCAGAGAAGCCAUAAACACUUGAACGAGCUCGGCCUCAGGUGUGAUGAGCAGAUGUUCGUACACUGGCUGAAGACCUGACACCUCCUGUGGUUUAAUGGUUGUUUCCCUGAUGAAGACAAGGGUCUUGGCUAAAACUCUGGUGUGUGUGCAUUUCAUUAACAAACCAACAAUACACUAAUGUGGGUUUGGACAGGUGUGUGAUGUGAAAUGAGUGGUGGGAACCUCUGGGGAGGAAAACACGACACUGGGGGGGAACUGCAGUGUUAUUUAAAUCUGCAGAUUUUUUCAUGGACCAAACCUAUUUUUCUGUAUGUUCUUAUUAUGUUAUAAUAAAGGAAAUGUAAAAUGUA